GAUUCGGAGACUUCUCUAAUGGAAAGAGUAGAUGUCCACAUCUGAGAAUCUCACUCUUUACAACUUGAAUGAUCGGAACAAGAUGGAUCUCUGGCUUUUUGAGGCUCUGGAUCUAGCAGAUGAAAGGAGAAUUUGGGUUUGGGCUGUUGGCUGUGAACUUGGCCCAUGUACUUCUAAACUUCUAUUACAAAUUCUAAAAAUGGCGCAGCGGCUUGGGCGAUCAUCGGAUCGUUCUAAAACCCAGCGAGCAAGAGGUUUUACUAGGGUUUUUAGAUCGAUACCUGCCGUUGGUGAGGGACAUGAAUCAAUUUCUGAGAAAGGCUUCAAUCUCUUGUAGCCGACGAUUCUUCUUUCGGGCACUAUCCAUUGCUGCUGCCGGGUCAGGUCUUCUCUAUGCUGAGAGCAACUCUGAUUACAACGCAACGAUAUCGCUGUCAGUUCCUGCACCAUUGAGUGAAUCCUUAUCACUGCCAUGGUCAUUUCACUUGAUCCCUUUGCGUCCUUCAUUUACUUCCCCAGAUAACCGGCACUUUGGAAUUCUUCCGCUGUUUUCUCCUAGAGUUAGUCCUGUUCCAUCAACUGACAGAGAGAAAGAGUGCCCCGGUGUUGUUGCCGGAGAUAGUUCGAAACCAAGUUGUGGAUGCUUAGGCAGGGACACUAUAGCCAAUGCCGCUGCUAGGGUUGGUCCUGCUGUUGUCAAUCUAUCUGUUCCACAGGGAUUCUAUGGGAUCACAACUGGAAAGAGCAUAGGCUCUGGAACUAUUAUUGAUUCAGAUGGCACUAUUUUAACUUGUGCUCACGUUGUGGUGGAUUUUCAAGGCAUGAGAGGUUCAUCCAAAGGGAAGGUAGAUGUGACUUUGCAAGAUGGUCGCACAUUUGAGGGUACAGUGGUCAAUGCUGAUUUACAUUCUGAUAUAGCUAUUGUCAAGAUAAAGUCUAAAACUCCACUACCUACUGCAAAGCUUGGGUCGUCAAGUAAGCUUCGUCCAGGUGAUUGGGUGUUAGCUAUGGGCUGCCCACUUUCCCUUCAAAACACUGUGACAGCUGGAAUUGUAAGUUGUGUUGAUCGUAAAAGCAGUGACUUGGGGCUUGGAGGCAUGCGAAGAGAAUAUUUACAAACAGAUUGUGCAAUCAAUGCGGGAAAUUCUGGUGGACCACUUGUUAAUGUUGAUGGACAAGUUGUUGGUGUUAAUAUCAUGAAAGUAUUGGCUGCAGAUGGAUUGAGUUUUGCUGUACCAAUUGACUCGGUGAUCAAAAUCAUAGAGCAUUUCAAGAAGAGCGGGAGAGUAGUCAGGCCUUGGCUUGGCUUGAAGAUGAUUGAUCUCAAUGAGAUGAUCAUUGCUCAACUCAAGGAGAGAGAUCCUAGAUUCCCUAACGUAGACAGAGGCGUUCUUGUACCCAUGGUAACUCCAGGGUCUCCUGCAGAUCGGGCUGGAUUCCAUCCGGGCGAUGUUGUGAUUGAAUUUGAUGGGAAGCCUGUCCAAAGCAUUAAGGAGAUUAUUGAAAUAAUGGGGGACAGGGUCGGGAUUCCCCUGAAGACAGUUGUGAAAAGACCAAAUGACAUUUUGGUGACUCUGACAGUUAUUCCAGAGGAGGCAAAUCCGGAUAUGUGAACCACUAGCAUUUCCUGUUUCAUCAUACAAGUCAUACUGAGAAUGGUACAAGUAGAGCUAUAACGCUGAGCCAAACGGAAUUGAAAUGACAAUAUGUUGGAAUUAAGGCCGAGUCGAAUCAAGUUGAGCAACUAUUUUUAUGGGUCAAGUUGUGAAUUUGUGAAAAGGGUUAUUAUGAUCUUUAGCCCUCUCGAAAUAAUACUGUAAUAAGCACUUUUGUUGUUAUUAUUUAAUUACAGUAUACAAUUUUUUAAAUCUUAACUGUUCCUUAUUUUCCGU